ACGUAACACAAUGAAGUGUCCUUCAACGAUUACAAUGAAGAAGUAUCGGUUUCUCUACAAUAUUGACGCAGAUAUUACACAGCUUCAGCCAUUUUAUGAAUGUACUUUGUGUCAAAAACACGGCUAUCACAUUACUCGACGUAAUCAAGAUGCCAAGUAUCUUCAUCUCCCUGAUGAAGCUCAGAGGAAGCGAAAGGUAAUGAUCGCAGCACUUCUUCUAUUGCCAGUAGUCCUUAGCCAGUCGAUCCAGAAUAUUAGUGUAGGAUUCCCAAAUGCCUGGGAUGGGGACAAAUUUCGUGAGCUCUACUGCCCUAGCAGAAAUAUUCCGAAAUUUCUAGAUGGCUACUUUCUCUGUCAAUUAUCAGCUUCUUAUGGGGACAUGAAUGCUCCUCCGGGAAAAAAACUCAAUCAUAUGAUUGAUGCAAUAGGAGCUUUGGGAUCUUUUCACAUUAGCAAUGGACAAGUCAUAUUCUCAUCGCAAUACUAUCCUUCACAACCCUACAAAAUAUGGGAGUUUUAUGACCGUAACAUGACAAAGUCCGGGGUGCCAUGGGCUGGAUGGUCCGACUAUAAUUUGACUUCUAUGGCUAAAUGGGAGCAAAUCCCUCCUAAUCCUGAUUCUGCUCGUUUCCAUCCAAAUCUCGAUUUUUGGAAAAUUGGAAACAAAAUUUUGGCAGGAACUGAGGCACCCUACUGGAUCGGAUAUGAAUUCGAUGUGCGCAGCCUAACCAAGUUCAAGCUGUUUGAAUUUACUGAGGAUAAUAACAUAUUUUCUGCUCCUCGUCCCUCCAUGAUACCUAUUUCUAUGGCUAUCCAUGAAAGAAGUGAUCCCGAUGGCACCAUUUGGGGUUCAUUUUCAGCAAUGAAUUUUGAAGAACAGCGAUUCUAUCAGGGUAUUUUCACGAUAAACAGCAAAGGUGUCCGAAAAGUAGUUGGUAUGUUUGACUAUGGUAUUUGGGAUCCAAAGGCUUGUGGAAGAAACGACGAAUAUAUUGGUGACAAGACCUUACUUCCUGGCUACAUUCACUCUAUAACCUCGACAGAGAACUAUGUGAUCAUUCCCAUCACCUCACUUCUUAUAAACCCAUGCAAGUUCAAAGAACCGCCUCCAUCUAAUGCCCGGGACAAUAUACAAAAAGGCGGACUUUGGGGAAUGGACUUUUAUGACAUGGUCCCUCUGAGAUUUCUCAUUUUCAACAAAAAGACCAAAACUUUCGCUACGGAGCAGCCUCUAGAAGUGUUUCCUUCCAUGUUUAUAACUCAUCAGCUCAACGCUUAUGACUCCCCAGAUGGAAAUAUUAUUGCCGAUAUGGUCGUUUACGAUUCACAUGAUCCUUACGUCAAGUAUUUCUACACUGAUUUUCUUGUAUCACAACUUUAUCCAAGCACAGCAAGAGUUUUACGAUUCACACUUGACCCGAGACAGCAGAGGGUAAUGUACAACUAUAUUCUUCCCCAGGAAACGAUAGCUGCAGAAUUUCCGCAAGUCAACCAUAAAUACGAUCAAAAACCCUAUCAAUGGGCUUAUAUUGUUGAACAUCCAUUCGCUAGCAGUAAUCGCAUUAUCAAAAUCAACGUGGAUGAACCAGCUGGUACAAGAAAUCAAGAAUACAGAGCUGAACAUAAUGUCGUUCUUCAUGAGCCAUGGUUCGUGGCAAGACCAGAUGCGGUCAAGGAAGAUGAUGGUGUACUGCUAAUUCGAGCUUUAGAUGUACAUGAGAACAAAGCACAACUUCUUGUAAUAGAUGCUGGAACUAUGAAGGAGAUAGGAAGGGCAUUUGUGCCAAUAUCGAUUCCAUUUGGAUUCCAUAACAGAUUCUAUUCCAAGCAAGAUUUGGGACUGCCAGACGGCUUCUCUUUGGGUGCUGGCACCAGCCAAUUCAGACCAGCAGAAAAGAAGGUCCCAUCAUCAAAGAAAGGAUUCUAUACGCUUCCUCUAAGAAAGUACUCUACUCCAACGCCUUCUAGUACGCCGUCCACGUCCAAAGUCACAGAAACUACGACUAUACCAACUACGACAACUACUUCUACUACUACAACGACUGUACCAACAACAACCACUACAGCUCGCAGAAUAUCAACGACAACGAGGGAAGUCCCACGCACAGAAACAACACAAGUUUGGACAUCUACAACUCGUCCUUCGACAACUUGGACGAGUCCAACGACAGUAUCCACUACACGUUUCUUGGCCACGAAAAUUCCACGAUGGUGGCCUUUGGCUGCCACGACGUUCGAAUCACCUUGGUGGCAUCAAGUACAACAAGGACAGGCCACUAUACCACCAUUCUCAAGUCGAAGAAAAAUUGCUGUCAAAACAGACACUUCCGCCAACUCCGUCACUUUCGCAAAUAAUACUUCUACUUCUGUCGCUUCAGACUUAUAUUCUGAAACAUUAACUGCACUAUGCUCUUGGAUUCCAAGAGUAUUCUCCGGAAUAUCACCUGAAAACUGCUUACAGCAAGGCAAAAAAGCGGCAAGAUGGAUCUCUCCAUUAGCAAGUGGCUAUGCUGAACAGUUUCGACUUGGAAAAGCCAAUGAAGUAGUAAAGCCUGACAGCGCUCCGUCGGUGACGCCAACUCUGCGAGCGCAAAGGAGCCCGGGAUACGGUAGUGAUCCUGUCAGCCCCCAAUUACCGUAUCCUUAA